UGACACACUACAUACCCGGCUUCUGGCCGUCCAAUGGCUGUGCAACGAGCUGCCGCGCUGCACCUGAUGCUUCUUGUGGCGGCGGCGGCGGCGAGUGUGGCCGCCGCCGGGGCCAAGGUUCCGGCGAUGUACGUGUUCGGCGACUCCACGGCCGACGUGGGGAACAACGACUACCUGCCGUGGAGCAUCGCCAGGGCCGACUUCCCCCACAACGGCGUCGACUUCCCCGGCGGCAAGCCCACCGGCAGGUUCAGCAACGGCCUCAUCGGCGUCGACUUCAUCGCCAUUGCUAUGGGGUUCAGCAGGAGCCCACCGGCUUACCUCUCUCUCAUGGCCACUGCUGCCAACAGAAGCAGUGAGGCGCCCAGGAACAUGACGAUGGCAGCUGCAGCAGCAGCCUACACCACCGGAGCUAACUUUGCUUCUGGAGGCUCUGGUCUUCUUGAUUCCACUGGAUCUACAAUCAGCAUGACGCAGCAGAUAGAGUACUUCUCAGACCUCAAAGAUGAGAUGUCAACCAGACUUGGUGCUGCUAGAGUGUCAGACUUGCUGUCAAAAUCAAUCUUCCUCAUAAGUGCCGGGGCGAAUGAUGCUUUCGACUUCUUCUCACAGAACAAAUCACCGGACUCCACCACCAUUCAGCAGUUCUAUGAAGCUAUGAUCUCCACAUAUGAUAGCCAUGUCAAAACAUUGUACAAUUUGGGAGCGAGGAAAUUUGCGGUGAUCAAUGUGCCACUAAUUGGGUGCUGUCCAUACUUGAGAAGUCGGAAACCAUCUGGAGAAUGCGUUGAGCAAUUGAAUCAGUUGGCGAAGAGCCUGAAUGAUGGAAUCAGGGUCCUCUUCAGCAAUCUCAGCUUAGAAAUGCAGAGCAUGAAGUACUCUAUUUCCAGCGCCUAUGAGCUUGUCUCUAGUCUGAUUAAAACCCCGCAUGCUGCUGGGUUGGAGGAGGUGAAGAGCGCAUGCUGUGGUGGUGGCAGGUUCAACGCUCAGAGAGGGUGCAUCCCCAGCUCCAACUGCUGCAAUGAUCGCAGCAAGUACCUCUUCUGGGACCUCCUGCACCCUACCCAGGCUACUUACAAGUUUGCGGGCCUUGUCUUCUAUGAUGGACCAGCGCAAUUUGUCAGUCCCAUCAGCAUCAAGCAGCUCGUUGAGGCAUAAUACUCCAACAUCAGAACAAGGAUUAGGCCAACACUUCUUUGAGCACCAUAUAUAGACUUUCUAUUAUUCUACAGCAUGGCAAAGAUGCUGAACUACCUUGCAAUUCAUCUGAAAACCUACACGAGGGUGGAAAAAAAUUGUCCAAGUUUUCUGAAAAUCGUAAAUGCAAAUGGUUGUUGGCUCGUUGCGUCA